GUACCCGUGACGUCAGAGCAAGAUGGCAGCGCCCACGAAGCCGGACGGAGUCCUGGGCCUGCCCUGGGACCAAGCCCCGGUCUUUAUUUACUCGGAGGAGGAUCUGAUCUGGAAUGGAGUCCAGUGGGGCGGCUCGGGCUCCCGCUUCGACGCGGCUCUGCUCUCGGCCUGGGAGGAGCGGCUGUCCAGCGGCUGCUUCCGUUACCGCCUGCCGCGCCGGGGCCCCCCCACCCGCGUCCUGCCGGGGCGCCGGGGCCUGGUAGCGCAGCUCAACCCCGAGCGGGCCCGUGAGCGGCGGCCACCGCAAGAGAUCCUCAGCCUCCGGCAGCCCUUCGAUCCGCAGCGGUUCAACUUCACCCGCAUCCCGGCCCGGGAGGUGCUGUUCCGCCUCCGGAAGCGGGAUCUUGGAGAGGCUGGGGAUGAGGCCGAGGCCUUGUUGGUCAUCAAUGUCAGUCCGUUGGAGUGGGGUCACGUCCUGCUGCUGCCUGAACCGGCCCGUCGCCUGCCGCAGAUCCUCACCCAGGACUCCGUGCUGAGGGCUCUGGAGCUUCUCUUCCUGAGCUCGGAUCCCGGCUUCCGCGUCGGCUUCAACAGCCUGGGCGCCGAGGCCUCUGUCAACCAUCUCCACCUGCACGGUUACUACCUGGACCAGCGCCUGGAGCUAGAGUGGGCAACCACCCGUCCCCUACUGGAGCCCGGGGCCCCAGCCUCGGCCCGUUUUCUCCCUGUCCAUCUGCUGUCCGAGCACCCGGCCGGCGGCUUGGUCCUCUACACAGACUGCGGUGAUGGAGGCCUGACCCGGGCUGCCCUCACUCUCCACGCCCUGACUGGCCUCUUCAUCCGCCAUUCGCUGGCCCACAACCUCUUUCUGACUCGGGGCUGCCCGCUCGGCACUCCGCCGCCUGGCCAAACCUCCUCUUUGGAGCGAGACGGCGCCCGGAUCAUCCUCUGGCCACGCCGUAGCUGUUUCGGGGCCAAGGAUCCUACGGCCUUCACCGUGGCUCUGUGCGAACUAGCUGGCCACUGGCCCCUCAAAACCCCGCAGGAGUACAGCAGCCUGACCGAGGAGGCGGCGCUGGGAAUGGUCCGCAGACACUCACUACCUGAGAAGGAAUACUCCCAGCUCCUCUCAGAGAUAACCCAACUCCUCCAGGAUGAUCACCAAGAGGAGCAAUAGGCCAUUCAACCCCUCAAAUCUGCUCCUAACCCCAAAGAUGUGGUUAAAGCCUCAACUGCCAUUCGCCAAAUUUCUCUUUUUGUCACAAAUCCCUAGAUGAGGAGAUGCUGGUAUGUUUUGAUUGUGUCUGCAGUAGUAUUCCAGAGACCUGACUUUCUGGGGACAUGGGAGUGAAUUCCACUUAAGCAAACUUACAUUCAAUUUAAAAAUUCUGGAAGAAAAAGACUAGACUAAUAACAACCAUACAAUCAUUGUUAAUUGUUUAAAACCCCACCUGAUUCACUCUUGCCCUUUAGGGAAGGAACGUCAGCCGUCCUUGCCUCAUCUGGCCUACACUUGACUGUAGACCCACACGAUGUGGUUAACUGUUAAUUGUCCGUGCACAAGAUAUCCACCCUCCAGGAACAAGUACAUUUCCGCAUCAAUGCAGUAAAAGCAGAGCUAAUCCAGCUUCUGCUAUUAACCCCUGCCAUCUCACGUGUACUUGUCUGUAUGUAUUCUCUACUACCAUUAGCACUCUCUUUGCCUUUGUUUUGUGGCAGCUUUCCCAUCUGUUCCACUUGCUGCUCUUCCACCCGCCCCCAAAGUGCAUAUAAAAUACUAUCAGGCUUGAAAGUGAACUCUUUCCCUUCCACAGAUGUUGCCAGAUAUUUCCAGCACAUUUUAUUUAAAAUAUUAAAUUGCUCUAUACCUCCACCACUCUGUGGCAAGAGAUUUCCAUGAACCCAUAAUUGGAAAAAGAGUUCUCCUGAUCCAUGACUUGAAUGAGAGACCUCUAAUCUUUAAACUGCAUUCCCUGGUCUUUCUUUUAAGGGGGAAACUUCCUCACAACAUUCACCAAGUCAAGUCCCCUUGAGAUCUUGUGUGUUUCAGUAAAACUUGAGAGUCUGAAUGACCAACUCCUUGCUACUUGCAAGAUUGCUGCUCAUUCUUCAAAACUCCAAUGGAUAUGGGUCCAAAUUGACGUCGUAAGUUGCCUCAAGGCAGAAAUGACUUGUGAACUUUUCUGAACUGCUCGUGUGUUGAUAUCCUUUCUUAAAUAAAGAGUAUUUUAUCUACACAGUGUUGUAGAUGCGGUCUCACCAAUGCCCUGCUGACCAUCACAGAAUCCAGCAUUCCUUUUUGAAUUCUUAAGUACUCAUUACAAUUCCUUUGUGCCAGUAAGCUAAAUAGCAAAACUGAUGCGGGAUGUUCACGUGUGCACAACUUAUGUUUAUCUUUAAUUUAUAUGUAUUAUACUUGAGUUCAGGAAUUGAAUGUGCCACUUUCUUAAAUGUUUACCAAGACAGAAGCUUGCUGUUAGUGGGUUUUGAUCUGUGUGGUGCCUUCUUUUGGGAAAGACAUGCAUGUGGACACCCUAUGACAGCUAGCUGAGCUCAACGCAGCAACGACAUUACUCUCCCAUUGAUGAGCAGCCUUGUGAUACACUUGAAACUCCUGCUUGAGUGGUCAAUGAAGCACAGUCAGAAACUGGGAAGUGAAUCCCCAGCAUAAAUUGAUAUCUUCAGAGGGCAAGGAAUGGAAUUCUGUUUUUGAGGCCAUGAUCAGUCUGCUCCCUGUACAACACCUUUGUCAGACUCAAAACCCAUUUCACUAUUGAGAAACAUUUGGAUUUGGAGAACUCUGCUUUUCCAAAGAGACGUCAACACUGGAAAAGUACAAGAGUGUUGAAAACAAUGAGCAGUUAAAUGAGUUUGGCUAAAUGGCUCCAGUGGUAUUGACAGCCACAAGUACUGACAUUUCAAAGACAUAUUGAUUGAAGGUGCCAACGAAAACAGUUUGGAACUUCAUUGCCUCUGUGAAAUUAUGAUGUGCAAACUGAAGAAUUGACCACUGUUUUCAGAAGCAAUUAAUCAUUCUUCCUAACUUCUGGAGAGCUCGGGAGCUCUACGUCAGCUUGCUUCCUUUUAUAAAAGUGACUGAGCAAUUGUAUACUUCAUUAAAUCAGCAAUUUUUGUUUGGUGUUUGUUAGAUAAAGUUCAUGUAAUGUGGACACAGCAAUGAUGGAUGAUUAGAAUAAAAAUUCCCACAUGAAGGUGUUCAAAUGUGGGAUACAUUACACAAGUGGGGCCUUUAAAGAAAGACUGACAUUUCAAUGGCGCCUUCUACCAUAUUAGGACAUCGUGAAGUAUUUUACAGCCAAUUUGAAUACUUUUGAAAUGUGUGGGCAUUGUUAUAACGAUAGAAACACAGCUGCUGAUUUGCACACAAAGCGCCCAGAAACAGCUAGAUCAUCUGUGUUUGUGAUGUUUGAGUAUUAAAUACUGUCAUGGCUCCUCGGGUGAACUUCUCUUGUUCCAGUAGUGGCUGCAGACUCUUACACUUGCAUGAGAACAGACAGAAUUUUGAUUUAAACUGUAAUCCAAAAACAGCAAGGAGUCUACAAAAACUUUAAAGUGAAACUGGAUAAAGACUUGAAAAAUGUUAAAUCAAAAUGUAUGGAAUAGGUUGAACUGGAUACUUCUAAUUGCACUUUUAUGUAUAUAAAAUAACUUCCAUGAAUUGGUGCCUCUACUUCAUUGCAAUAUCUUAUUAAAUAUCAUUUAUAAAAACAAGUGAAUCAUAUAUAUUCAAUAACAGGAGGAAAAUUACAAGAGCGUGGUUCAGAUAGAGAAUUAUAGUUGGUGGUAACUGAAUACAGCUGUCAGUGUGGUGGUCUACCUACCAAGUACUGCUCGUUAACUAUAUGGUGAUACCUAUCCAAGUAAUAUGUAGCCCCCUGUUUAGGUAGCUGAACAGAUAGCUUUUAUCCUGCCCUCGGCCAAGACCUCUGUUGCCCGUCAUGGCAUUAUCAUGGAAUUGGCUGAGACUUGAUGCAUAUUGUUUACUCCUUUAAAGGUGAUUUCUUUACAGCUCAUCUCACUCUGAUA